AUGUCUUACAAUCAUAAUACCCUAACAAGUCCUUUCAUUUGCAUGCUUUUGCUUGCAAGUUUCAUCUCUCAAACGCCACUGGGAUAUGCAGAAUCGGUGGAUAAAGUGCUUCUCCGUGUGAGAUUCAAGGUUCACAUCAUCAACGGCAUGCCGGACAACGCUAAGCCAGUGGAGAUCACGUGCCAUUCGAACGACGACGAUCUCGGACACCAUACUCUUUGGAAGGAUCAAGAGUUCAAGUUCAAGUUCAUCACUCAUUUUUGGAGGAAAACUCAUUUUGUGUGCAACUUCAACUGGGGACCCAAGUCUUUGAACGAUAUCACCGUUUUCGUGUCCGGGGUCGAAACUCGUUCGUGCAAAGAGUCUGGGAAUUGCUUUUGGAAAGCAACACCACAGGGGAUUUAUUUUAGCACUGAUUUUCAGAAUUGGGAGUUAAGGACAUCACGUGUUUACAAAGUGAUUCUUUCGACUGGCAAGCAGCUGUUGAUCAGAGACACAUGGUCCAAGAAUCAGUUCAGUCAAGGCCUUGUCAUAAACUUCGGUGACGAUGACCCUUCGACGUGUUUCAAGUUCAACACGAAUUCGAAGCUUUUCGAGAAGAAGAAAGACAACAAAGCGACCGAAUCUGGUCAUUCGAAGAUAGAAGUCUUUUGGGAUCUAUCGACCGCCGAGUACGACACGGGACCCGAACCGGUCAACAGAUUCUAUGUCGUGGUUGUAGUUGAUUCGGAGAUAGGCCUUUUUCUAGGCCAUAUUGGUGAAGAAGCUCAAGACUAUUACCACCAAAGUGGCGAAAUCGUCUCUAGUUUCUCGUCUCAAUUCUGUGACAGGGGCAUCGUACAUGAUGUUUCCAUUAGAUGUAGUGGAGAACAUCGAGGCCUAAACCAUCCGGUUUUAUCGGUCUGUAUCGACAAGAAGACGGAGAUUCAUGUGAAGAGACUGCAGUGGAAUUUAAGAGGAAACCGCACAAUAUUCGUUGAUGGAUUGUUAGUUGAUCUGAUGUGGGAUGUCCAUGACUGGUUCUUCAAGCCGGUCACCGGAUCUGUCGUGUUCAUGUUUAGGACAAGAAGCGAACUGGGUAGUCGGCUUUGGUUGGAGGAGAAGUUGUUGCAGAAUGAACAUGACAGAGUUGAAUUCUCUUUGUUGAUUUAUGCCUGUAAGAACACAUAAAGAAACUAUUCACUUGUGUCCAUGUUUGAUUGUUUGUCUUAAUUUGUCAACUUUCUUGCCCAA